UAUCAUGCACUUAGUACGUUAUAACAAAUGCCUGUUUUGAUCUGAAUUAUUUUUGUUCAGCGAAUAAAGUUUACGUUUUGGAAGUUAUUACACGUAUGUCUUAUGAACAAACAUAGUUCCAUGAAUUGUAAGAAUAUCAAGCUUCAUUGUGUGUUUAAAAAUUUACAACUUCAUUGUGCGUUUUCAAGUUUACAAGACAAUAUUAUCUGAUUUCUUUUGUAGAGUUACUUGAACUCAUGUUGCGAUUAAAUAUUCGUGUUGUGAUGCCACUGGGAGAGUCUGCAAGUGAAGUUAUUCAGCGUGUACAUGGGUUUAUACAAUAUGCAGUAAAAAACAACAGAAUCUUCGGAGAGGAUUCUAUCCCACCUAUUGUUCACACCUACAAGAAAACUUAUAAAUCAGUCCAGCAGAUACUUGGAAAGAUAUUCGUCUCUCAGGAUACUCAAGUUGAAGUGCUGCAAGACCAGUCAGAUGUGUCCUUCAAAAUAAACUGCAUUUCCUCAAAAGACUUGGCACAACGUCUUACCAUAUACCAUGGAGUUGAUUUCCAGGAGGCCAUAGCAGAUUUACAAAAGAGUUUAGAGACUGAAGAAGAGCGGAAAUGGAAGUAUGAUGUUGAGACAUGUUGUAUCUCUCAAAACUUGAAAGAUAUCACCAAACAGCUAAAUGACAGUGGUGUAUUAAAUGGUUCAUGUACUGACCUUAGAUGUGAGAGACAUGACGGUACACAGUGUUCGUGGUAUUGCAGAGAACAUGGAAAGUUUUUUUGCAAGUCGUGUAAGGAAACCAACCAUAG